UUUCAUGGACUGAUCCCAGUGAGAGUGGAGGAGAAGGCACCAGCACCUCGUGUCCACUCUGAACUGGAGAUCACUCCCAUCUGGACCUGGCCUGGAUAUUCUGCUGAAUCAGUAGAAACUCCCCAGCAUGACUCAGCCUCUUUUGUAAUUGAUUCAGGAGUGCAACAACACAAGUCUCAGAAGUCUGUUAGUAUUGGUUGUCCUAAUGGCUGGACUCACUACCGGAGGAACUGCUAUAUUUUGGGGCCUGGUAGUGCUAGCUGGAGCAGCGCACAACAUGCUUGCAUGCUGCUUGAAAGUGAACUGGCCAGUAUCCACUCAAAGACUGAUAUGAAGUGGAUGUGGAAGUUUGCUGGAAAGCAAUCAUUCUGGAUCGGACUUUCUGGCGGUCCAAAGCAGUGGUCCUGGACAGAUGGAAAACCACUGACGUUCUCCAAACUCAGGAAGGAUCACGAGGCGCACACUAGCUCUGAUGCCAGCUGUGUUUUAGCUCAGAGCCAGAAGAUAUGGAUUCCUAAAAGUUGCAUUGAUGGAUCCGAACACAGAUAUGUUUGUUCAGCACCUGCACAAAUCAGUUAAAACAGAUAUUUAAUUUAUAAUGGUCUUGUUUCUUAGUGAUUCGAAAUACA